AUCCACAUACAACUUCACCUUUAUUUUUUCUGCUAAAAUGAGUGUUGGAUUUCCAUGCCAGAUAAGGAGCAGAGGUAAAAUAUAGAACAAAGCAAACGAAUGGAAGGGCUGGGAAUAACAGAGGUGAUGGUGAUGAUAGAGUGCCUGCAAGUUGUAUUGCACACCUUAACCAAAGCUGCUACAAACACUGGGAUGAGUGAAUUUGUCUUUGUUUUUUACUCCAACGCCCUCUGUUUGUUCUUCCUCCUCCCUACUUGUUCCUUCUUCUAUUGCAGAGUGGGGACUUGCCCAACACCCAUGUACCGCGUCGUCGGCAAAAUGUUUCUUUUUGGCUUGCUCAGUUAUGCUUCUCAGAUACUAAAGCAUGUUGGAACAGACCUCAGUUCUCCCACCUUGGCAACAACAAUAUCUGAUCUCACACCAGCUUUUGCCCUCAUUAUUGCUAUCAUUUGCGGGAAGGAAGACUUGACAAAGAAGAGUAGUCAAGCAAAGAGUGUUGGCACCGUAAUUUCAAUAGCAGGGGCAUUAAUUGUGACUUUAUCUGAAGGCGUACCUCUUACAAGUGCUUCUCCUCUGCCUAGGAAACUCCUCGAUCAGCUUCUUUCCUCAGUUCAAUCUAAAUGGGUUAUUGUUAUACUUUUAUUGCAGAGCUUUUUCCAUGCACUUACUUUUGUAGUGCAGAGUUGGGUUAUGAGGGAGUACUCUAAAGAGCCAAUUGCAAACCUGACGGACUACCCCGCGGAGUACCCUGCAGAGCUAAUUGCAGACCUAGAUGAAACCCUGACGGACUACCCUGCGGAGUACCCUGAAGAGAGGGAGUACCCUGCAGAGCUAAUAUCAACCCUGAGGGAGUACCUGAGGGAGUACACUGCAGAGCUAAUUGCAACCCUGUUUUGUUGUAUCUCUAUGACCAUAAUAUCUGCAAUAGGAGCUCUGAUUGCUGAGAGAUCAAACCCAGAUGCUUGGCAAAUCAAGUCUAAUAUGGAGCUUAUUGCAAUUGGGUUUAAUGCAGUUUUUGCGAUAGCGUUUGGAAAAGGUGUUCAUUUACGGGCAGUCCGCACGAAGGGUCCCUUAUAUCGUGCCGCGUUUAAGCCACUUAGAACUGUCAUUGCAUUCAUCUUUGGGAUUAUUUUUCAGGGGGAAACCGUCUAUCUUGGAGGGGUGAUUGGAGGAGCCAUUGUAAUUGGAGGAUUUUUCGCCGUGAUUUGCGGUAAAGCCCAAGAAGAUGAGGACACGGAUAAAGCCCAAGAAGAUGAGGAGGACAUGGGUAAAGCCCAAGAAGAUGAGGAGGACAUGGGUAAAGCCCAAGAAGAUGAGGAGGACAUGCAUCAAAGACGUUCACAACUACCUGAGGAAGGAUUGGAAUCAGUAGAUGAGGAUAUGGAAUAUGGUCCAAAACCAGCCUCAUAUUCUCGUAAAAGACAAUCGUCACUUGGUACAACUACUUUGCAUGAGCGACUAUUAAGUUUGAAAUACGAAUAUGACUCAUAAAAGUAACAAAGUGAAGAACGGAUGUCAAUUUUAAAAUAAGAAUAUAACUCAUAUAGGCAACAAAAUGAAAAACGGAUGUCAAAAUAUGAAGAAGAUAUGAGCCAAAUGAGAGAGUUUAUAUGACAAAUUAUGGUACAGAACUCUUGCUCUGAUGAUGGUACAUCUUUUUGUUUUCCUCCAUCACCUCCACCUCCUCCAUCAUUUGCUUGUUGACAUUUUUAUUUAUUUAUUUUAUUGUAGUAGCUUUUGGAUUUUAUUAACGUGUAUGUUCAUAUUAUUUG